AUGUCUGAACAAGGACAGAUUCCACAGGAACAGACCGAAGCUGUGAUGAUCGUCGCAGAGUCAGCCCCAGAUACCAGGCUUAUGAUGCAGCAGGAGGUUGAUGUCCGCUCUAUCUAUGUUGGUAACGUCGACUACACCACGACGCCAGAGGAGUUGGAGCAGGUUUUCAACACUUAUGGUGUAGUGAACAGAAUCACCAUUUUGCAUGACCGUUUCACCGGCAGGCCCAAGGGCUACGCGUACAUCGAGUUCGUUGACGCUGACGCCGUUGCCCCGGCAAUUGAAGGCUCCAACGGCACUUUGUACAAGGAGAGGGAGUUGAGAGUCACUGCCAAGAGAACCAACAUCCCGGGAAUGUCCAAGAGAACCAGAGGCAGUAACGGCACCGGUCGCGGUGGCUUCAGAGGCAGGGGCCGCGGUGGUUCCAGAGGCGGCCACAGGGGUCCCAGCGAGACCCACGGUGAGGCUCAGGAGAGCCAGCCCUAG